CAUCGGAAUGGACACGACGAGCAUGUUGCAGAGGACGCUGAUCGUCGAGGCUGCACCGGCCCCACCUGACGGCGGCUGGGGCUGGGUGGCAGUGCUGGCGGGCUUCGUCUGCCACCUGGUCAUCGACGGCAUAGUCUACUCAUCGGGCAUCUUUUUCGACGAGUUCCUUGCCUACUUCGGCGAGGGCCAUGCUGCCACCUCGUGGAUAUCCUCUAUCACCUUCGGCUGCUAUCUCAUCUCAAGUCCCGUGGCGAGCGGGCUGACGAUCCGGUAUGGCUGCCGGCGCAUCGCCAUCCUCGGUUCGGUCAUGUCCUCGUUCGGGCUGUUCAUCAGUGUCUACGCGACAGGCAUCAAGUUCCUCUACUUCUCCCUCGGACUCAUCACUGGCACCGGCUUCGGCUUCACGCUCCUCCCGGCCAUCGUGUGCGUGACGUCGUACUUCGAGCGGCGCCGCUCCCUCGCGACGGGCAUCACCGUAUGCGGCUCCGGCGUCGGCACAUUCGUCAUGGCACCACUUGUGCAGGCACUGGUGCGCGCGUAUGGCUGGAAGGGCACGCUGAUUAUCUGCUCGGGUCUUAGCCUACAGGGCGUGGUAGCAGGUUCGCUCAUGCGGCCCGUUGGAGGUCCCAGUUCGACGGACAGCGACAGCUUUACCAACACUUACGAGCCGUCUGAACUGUAUGUGGGGCCCAGCCGCCUGGUGCGCCCGCUGGCCGUCUACGACGUGUCAUCCAGCGUGGCAACUGGAGAAGGCUCACCACCCGAUGCCCUGCAGCUGACCAUGGUGCCCGACCAUGGAUGUUCUGAAACCUUCCAGUCUCGUAUCCGGCUGCGCCGCGACCUGUUCUACGAAGGUUCGGUGCCAGACGACCAGCGGCAGCCGACGGCCGCCUUCUUCUCAGCCGACAGUUCGCUGCUGGAUGGCACAGAGCGCCGUUCGCAGAUUGUGACCCUCGUCGACAACCGCAACAUUAUUGCCAGGACGCUAUUUUCCUACCAGAUGGCUGCCGUGCUGGGAGAGAUGCUUAAUUUCCGGCUUCUGUCCGACGCAGCCUUCCGGAUCUUCUCCCUGUCACGUGUUUUCUGCGGCAUUGGCUACAGUGUGCCCUACCUGUUUCUGACCUCACGAGCGGUGGCGGAGCUGGGCGUCAGUGAGACAGACGCAAGUUUCUUGCUGUCAGUUGUGGGCUUCACUAACGUGGUAGGCCGCGUGGUCAUCGGCGCUGCAUCUGAUCGGCUGGGUGCGUACCGCAUGUGGCUCUUCAUCUGCUGCAUCAUGGUGUGCGGCCUCUCCACGGUGCUCAGCGUGCUCUCCCGCACCUAUGCCGAGCUGCAAGUGUAUGCUGCCACAUACGGCGUCGCUGGAGGUGGCUUCAUCACGCUUAGCUCGGUGGUCGUGGUCGACAUGGUGGGUCUGGACCGGCUCACCAAUGCCUACGGGCUGUGCCUUCUCUGUCUGGGCGUCGCAGCAUUAGUUGGGCCACCACUAAACGGCUGGGUACACGACGUGAGUGGCUCGUACGCGCCGGGCUUCAUCUUGGCCGGUGUCUCCAUGUACGCUGCCGGCGUCGUGCUCAUCGGCGUGCCCUACCUGCAGAGCCGGAAGGCGGAGCGGCGCCACCCUUUGCACGCCGACGACCGGGCCGCCACGGUUUGACGGACGUGCAGCCCUGGUCACCCUCUGUGUGUGUGUGUCUCCUAAAGUGUCCAUAUCAGACCACCUCGUGAGCUUAGAGAAGCAAGCGCAGACUCCUUCAGGAAGUCGUGCCCGUAGUUAUUACCGCCCAUAGAUUCCGCAACAAACCGCGGACGCACUUCAACGUCCGCCUCUUACGAAUACUUGGCAAAUUUCAAAAUCCUGUUAUCCCAUUGACGAUUACGUUACGAGCAAUUGUAACAAGGUGGCUGCAACAACGUGAACGCUUUUCCCAUACCAUUUGGUGUUGUGGUGACAGCAAACAUAAAGAUGUAC